AUGGUCCAGCAAGGAGGCGCACCGGACGGCGCUCACCAGGCGGCCCGCGCCGAGCAGAGCGCCGAGCCCAGCGCCGAGAACAACUCAUCGCGACCCGCUCUUCCGGACCGCGCCGAGUCCGCACUGCCGCCGCACCUCCGCCCUUCUGUCAUUGGAGUGCCCGUGACGCCGGGCAUCACCCGCGAAACCUACGAAUCGGAGCCAAGCGACGAGUCCGGGGCCACUAGAGGAACUGCGCAGACCGGCGAUUACUUCUCGCGGCGCGAUGUCGAUCGUGCGAUUGCUGCGUCGCCGGCCCCGGACGCGACGAAGCGCGAGGGUCAGUCAUUCGAGAACAAGGUCAUCGCCGGAGCGAAAGAGGGAUCCGAUUUCAUGCGCCGAGUCAGCGUUGUGGCCCUGGGCGCUCCGACCAAGGAAUCGAUGUCCGAUAUUAGAGCAAUCAGCCCCGACCUGUCGCUCACUGGAAACAUCAUUUCGGCGACAUUCAACCUCCCGCACUCUCUCAAAUACCAUAAAGGCUCUGACUGGGAAUUAGCUCCGCGUCGUGGGCAGUCGGCCCUUUUCGACUCCUUUUCGUACCUCUCGUCCGAUGAGUCCCCCUGGAACCAUACUGUAGUCGCUUGGACCGGGGAGAUCGAGAGUCCCUCGGACAGCACCGCGCCGAACGCUGCUCCCAACACGACGGUGCAUCUGGGCUCGCUCAAUGCGCUUUCGAAACCGGUGCCCCUCGAUGGCGACAAGGCCUUGCCGCCUCCGCCGGCGGUGACAGACGGCCUGUGGAUUCCGAAGGAGGAUAUGCAGCGCCUAGAACACCAGCUCUCUCAUAAUGACAGGAUCAAGACAAUCCCAGUUUGGCUGGCCGACGAUACUGAAGCAAAUGAAGAACCUGGCAUUCGGCUAAAGGACCAGGCCAGAUGGAGGCGUUAUGCUGAGCACGACCUUUACACGCUAUUUCACUACAAGCAGCACGAGCCGGCUGAUGGGCGUGCGGAGCGGGUGCAGUGGGCCGAUUACUUCCGCAUGAACCAGAAGUUCGCCAACAAGAUCCUCGAGGUCUACAAGCCCGGCGAUAUCGUCAUCGUCCACGAUUACAACCUGAUGCUGCUGCCGAGCAUGCUGCGUCAGCGUGCUCCCCAUAUGUACAUCGCCUUCUUCCUGCACUCUCCCUUCCCGAGCAGCGAAUUUCUCCGGUGUCUGCCGCGGCGCAAGGAAGUCCUGGAAGGCGUGCUGGGCGCGAACCUAGUAGGCUUCCAGAGCUACAGCUACUCACGGCAUUUCUCUAGCUGCUGCACCCGCAUCCUGGGCUUCCCUUCAGACAGCUCCGGUGUCGAUGCAUAUGGCUCUCGCGUAGAAGUCGGCGUUUUCCCGAUUGGCAUCGACGCUACUAAGGUUGCUAGCCUGGCGUGGACGGACUCGGUCAAUGAAAAGUACAAGGCGCUGAAGGCCAUGUACGCCGGCAAGAAGCUUAUUGUCGGUCGUGAUCGUCUCGAUAGCGUACGUGGGGUUGCGCAGAAGCUGAUGGCGUUCGAGCGCUUCCUGGAGAUGUAUCCGGAGUGGCGGGACAAAGUGGUGCUGAUCCAGGUCACUUCACCGACCAACAUCGAAGAGGAAAAGGAGGACCCCGAGAAUAAGAUCUCGAGCCGCGUCAACGAGUUGGUCAUGAAGAUUAACGGGUCGUACGGUUCGAUUGGCUUCUCGCCUGUCCAGCACUUCCCGCAGUACAUCAGCCAAGAGGAGUACUUCGCGCUACUGCGGGCAGCCGAUGUCGGCCUCAUCACAUCGGUGAGGGACGGGAUGAAUACCACGUCGCUUGAAUACGUCAUCUGCCAGCGUCAGUCGGCUGGUCCUCUCAUUCUGUCCGAGUUCAGCGGCACUGCUGGCUCGCUCAAGGACGCCAUUCACAUCAACCCGUGGGAUUUGACCGGUGUCGCCGAGCAAAUCAACAACGCCCUCACGAUGCCCGAGGACAAACGCCAGGCGAUGGAACAGAACCUGCUCGCGCAUGUUACUAGCAAAAACGUGCAGUACUGGAUCGCCGGCUUCCUGCGCCGUCUGGUCACUGUGCUCGGCAACAGGAAGAAUGUUACCGCCACCCCGCUCCUCGACCGGUCGGCGAUGCUCCGGAAGUACCGCACUGCGCAGAAGCGGCUGUUCAUGUUUGAUUACGACGGCACGCUGACCCCAAUUGUCCGAGAGCCCAGCGCCGCGAUCCCCUCGGAGCGUGUGAUUACCAGCCUGAAGGCGCUCGCUGCAGACCACCGGAAUGCGGUCUGGAUCAUCUCGGGUCGCGACCAGGAGUUCUUGACCCAGCACCUCGGCCACAUCUCCGAGCUGGGCUUCAGUGCCGAGCAUGGAAGCUUUAUGAGACAUCCUGGCUCGACCGAGUGGGAGAACCUGGCAGAGAAGUUCGAUAUGGGCUGGCAGAAGGAGGUCCUGGAUGUUUUCCAGAAGUACACGGAUAAAGUGCCAGGCUCCUUCAUUGAGCAAAAGCGCUGUGCACUGACCUGGCACUACCGCCUCGCCGACCCCGAGCAAGGCCUCCACAUGUCCCAAGAGUGUCAUAAGGAGCUUGAGACAACGGUUGGCCGUAAGUGGGACGUCGAGGUCAUGGCCGGCAAGGCCAACCUUGAAGUGCGCCCUACGUUCAUCAACAAGGGCGAAAUCUCCAAGCGUCUGGUCAACGACUCCGCGGGAGACGUCGGGUUCGUCCUCUGCAUGGGCGACGACUUCACCGACGAGGACAUGUUCCGCGCCCUCAACGGGCUGUGCGCGCCGUCAGACCGCCAUGGCCAGGAUGGCCCGGCACAGAUCAAGCCGGAGGACUGCUUCACUGUUACGGUAGGAGCGAGCACCAAGGUGACGCUCGCCCGCUGGCACCUGCUCGACCCUGAGGACGUCAUUGAGUGUGUGGCGCUCCUUGCUGGAGUCGGGGGUAGUGGCACGGGAACCAGCAGUGGUGGUGUUCUCAGCAUGGGCGAGGUCAACCUCGCCGCGCUGAGUGCGGUCGAGGACCAUAUCCCUGUCGAGAAAUGA